AUGAAGGCCGGAGCAUACGCCCUGGCUCUUGCAGCCACGCUCACUGGAGCAAAUGCAUACUGGAAGGGCUUCAAUGUCCAGGCAACCCUUGCCGAUGGGACUUGCAAAUCCCAGGCCGACUGGGAAAACGAUUUCAACAAGUUGCAAAGCCUCCCCGGUGGCUUCUCGAGCCUGCGAGUCUACGCUGCCUCCGACUGCAAUACCCUCGCAAACGCCGUUCCAGCAGCAGUUGCCACUGGCGGACAGAUCCUCGUGGGUGUAUGGACGGAAGACUCGGACCACUUCAACGCUGAGAAACAAGCUCUCCUCUCGGCGGUCCAGCAAUACGGCUUUGGCUGGGUGGUGGCAGUCAGUGUGGGAAGUGAGGACUUGUACAGGGGCGACACAACGGCCAGCACAUUGGCAUCACAGAUAUACGACGUUCGCGGCAUGCUCUCCACCGUCUCGGGCUAUACCACGGACGUUCAGGUCGGACAUGUGGAUACAUGGACUGCGUGGGUUGAUUCCGCCAACACGGCAGUCAUCGAGGCAGCGGAUUUCAUAGGCACAGAUGCAUACCCCUACUUCCAAAACACCCAGGCCAACAGUAUCGACGCCGCCUACGAUUUGUUCUGGGAUGCUAUUCAGGACGUGAAAGAUGUGGUCAACAGUGCCCAUCCGGGAGCUUGGGUCUGGGUCACGGAGAGUGGAUGGCCUACGAGCGGAUCUACGGAGAACCAGGCAGUUCCCAGCGUUGAUAAUGCCCAGCAAUACUGGAAGACGGUUGCGUGCUCUGCCUUCAACAGCGGACACACAUUUUGGUACACGCUUGAGGAUUUCUCUGCAAGCCCGUCCUUUGGUGUCCUCGACUCGAACGGCAAUGCCUUGUACGAUUUGAGCUGUUAA